AUGUCAACACCAUCAGCAACAUCCACAGCCCUCAUAACCUACGAACUCCUCGAACGCAUCCUCCUGCACACCCCCAUCCACACCCUCUUCACAACCCGCCGCGUCUCCAAAACCUGGCUCUCACUCCUCAACCGCUCCCUCCCCCUCCAACAAGCCAUGUUCCUCGUCCCUUCCGCUCCAGCAAUCAGCCCAACAGAGAGCACAUACAACGACCACUCAGGCCGCACGCGCACAAUCUACCCCUCGCAACCCCUCCAACUAAAUCCCAGCGGCGAUAUCAUCGGCUUGGUAAACCAACCUGCGGGAAGAGGCCACAGAGCGCCCCUUGUGACCUUCGGCCUCUCCGACCAGAACCUGUUCCUGGAGUUUGAGAUCGAAGGCAUUCCCAUCUACGACGAGAAGCUCUUGGCUGAGGAGGCGUCGUGGAGGGGGAUGCUGGUCACGCAGCCGCCGAUUACGGCGGUGCAUUUCCGGCUCAUCAGACGUGAUCCGCGGAGAGGCGUGAUGACGAUCUUCAAUCCAAAAGGGGUGACGUUUGGGGAUUUGCAAGACAUGUCGGGGGAGUUUAAGAGGGGGUUUGAGAGGCCCGGGGAGGAUAAGGAGGUCAGGUAUGAGGGGUUGAGUUUUUGUUUGUUUCAUCCUUUUACGGAGGAUCAGAUGGAGGAGGCGUGGUGA